AUGAUACAAGUCGAAGUGAACUUCACGUACACAAUAUAUGAAGUGGAAGAUGGAAGCUUUGGCACCAUGGAUGACAAUGGUAACUGGAACGGACUCAUUGGAGCACUGGUUUCUGGCUCUGCUGAUAUCGCACUGGCCCCGCUCAGUGUUAUGGCUGAGCGAGAAAAUGACGUCGACUUCACUGUUCCAUACUAUGAUCUCGUUGGAACCACAAUUCUCAUGAAAAAGGCAGACGUGGAGUAUUCACUGUUCAAGUUCAUGAAAGUGCUCGAAUGGCCUGUUUGGCUGUGCAUAGUGGGUGCAUAUUUAUUCACCAGCAUUUUGCUAUGGAUAUUUGAUCGGUUCAGCCCUUACUCUUUCACAAACAACAAAGAUAGGUUUGCAACAAACUUGAGUUCCACCUUUUUAUGAUUUGUGUUUCUAUUGCAGGUAUCAGAAUGACAUUGAAAAAAGACAAUUCAGUUUGAAGGAGUGUCUCUGGUUUUGCAUGACAUCGCUGACUCCUCAAGGUAAGAGAAAGCACGUUCACAGAUCGGUUGUGGAAUUUCAAGGAAAGCAUUAGCUGACGAAGCGAUAGUUUAGUCUGUUUACUUGAAGAAGAACAUGAUAAACAUUAGUGAUAAGAAAUGGAAUAUAAAAAUGGGGAGAUGAAUCAAACUCUAAGACUAAAACUAUGCUGCUUAUUUAUUUGGUUUCCUGUCAGAAAAAAUGUACACACCUGAAUUUAGUACAACUAGCAUUUGCGUGUUUGCAGGUGGCGGAGAAGCUCCGAAAAACAUUUCUGGACGUCUGGUCGCUGCUACCUGGUGGCUAUUCGGAUUCAUCAUAAUCGCUUCAUACACUGCCAAUCUCGCUGCAUUUUUGACUGUCUCACGUUUGGAGCAACCUAUCAGGUAUUGGGUAUCCUGCUGUAAACAUGAAUUUUAGUUUCUUGUUCUAGUUCCCUGGACGAUUUGGCCAAACAGUACAAAAUCGAGUAUGCCCCCAUCAAAGGAAGUGCUUCAGAGACUUAUUUUCGGCGUAUGGCUGAAAUUGAAGAGACUUUCUACAAGUAAGACCAUCCAUUCAGUGACUAUCUACAAAAUUGUGUUUCUUAGCAUGUGGAAAGAAAUGUCACUCAAUGAGAGCAUGUCUCCGCGAGACAGAGCGAAGUUGGCUGUUUGGGACUAUCCAGUAUCCGAUAAGUUCACAAACAUGUGGAGGUACAUGCAAGAAUCAAAACUGCCGCCUGAUAUGGAUGCUGCUGUCGAUCGUGUACUGAAUUCAGUUGACGGAUUCGCUUUCAUCGGUAAUUUCAAAAGUUCAACUCAAAAGAAUAAGGAUUGUGUUCAGGCGAUGCCACUGAAAUCAAAUACGCCGCUCUGACAAACUGCAAACUCCAGCAAGUCGGGACCGAGUUUUCCAGAAAGCCGUAUGCUAUUGCUGUACAAAGUGGACAUGUUUUAAAAGACAAAAUAUCUAGCGCGUAUGUCUAAUUUUCCAAUCAAAAGUCAAAGCUCAAAGUUUAGUAUUCUGAUGCUGCUCAACCAACGUCGUCUGGAAACUCUGAAAGAAAAGUGGUGGACUGACAAUCCGAACAAGGUCACUUGUCCCGACUCUUCCGACGAAAGCGAUGGAAUUUCCAUUCAAAACAUUGGCGGCGUUUUCAUUGUCAUUUUGGCAGGAAUCGGUCUGUCCAUUGUGACUUUGGCUUUCGAGUAUUACUACUACAAGUGAGAAAGUUUAGAAUUCUAAUCGUAAUGCAUUUUUCCAGGAGGAAAGCAAGGUUAGCAGCCGAGAAAGAGAAUGGAGAGAUGGAAAUGAAAGUGCAACAAGUGAUUCCGAAUGGAGUUCAUCAGAACGGAGUCAAACAAGACGCACCUCAACCCACAAACGGCAAUAGAACUGCAGUUCAACGUCUGAAGCGGUCCAAUUCAGUGGCCACAUACGAGAACACAGCAUUUCAGUACUAA